AUGCCGCAAGUGACUGGGACCCAUCUUCCUUCGCCCCAUCCUACGCCUUUAAAUGCCCACCCACUCCUCCACCUUUCUUCCCUUUUCCUCCUUCCCUCACUCCCCCCGUCCCACUUCGCCGAGUUCCCGAUGGCGGUCCUCGUCCACGGCGACAACCCGGCGGCGCCUCCCGAGGAGCUAAGGCGGCUCCGCCGCAUGAUCUCCAACCGAGAGUCCGCCCGCCGCUCCCGCGCGCGGAAGAAGCGACACCUCGAGGGGCUCCGGUUCCAGUUGGGCCGGCUCCGGGCCUCCAACCGCGAGCUUGCGGAACGGCUCGCCGGCCUGGCCCACCGCUCGCUCCUCGUCCGGCGAGACAACGACGGCCUGCUCGCCGAAGCCUCCGCGCUGAGCUGGCAGCUUUCCAAGCUCCGUCGGACCGCCGCCCUCAUCCACCGGCCGGCGCCGCCGACUCCGGCGUCACCGCACUACGAUCUCGCUUGGGUCGCGUCGUUGAUGGCCUAA